UUUUCAAAAUGAAGGAGAAAAUUUGAUAAUACUCUGUUGAUAUUGUUGGUGGGGCGAAGGCUGAAGCGUUUGUCGUGUUGUUGAAUCUUGAUCAAGCUGAUCAUGCCUUUUCAAAUGAAGAUCCAGCCAAUCGAUUCAUACCCAUCUGAAGAGCUAACUAGGUUGGAGCCGGUAAAGCCAGUGGUGAAAUCGCGUCUCAAGCGACUCUUUGAGCUUCAAUUCCUGAGAAAUUCCGCCGCUGAAAAAGUCGGCGUUGUUGAUGAGUCGCAUUUCCACAAGGAUGGCGCUAAUGGCUCCACUGAGUUUGAGCCGAGCUCAUUGUGCUUGGCGAAGAUGGUACAAAACUUCAUAGAGGAGAGCAACGAUAAGCAAUCAUCCGCCGCGGUGAGGUGUGGCCGCAAUCGCUGCAACUGCUUCAACGGGAAUUGUAAUGACAGCUUGGAAGACGAAUUCGAUGGCUUUGUUGAUUUUGGCGACUCUAAUUUUGUUUCAUCUGGCGAAGGAAUUGAAAUUCUAAAGAGUUUGGUCCCCUGUGCAAGUGUUACUGAGAGAAAUUUGCUAGCAGACACUGCGAGGAUCGUUGACAAGAACAAGAUCUGCAAGCGCAAAGACGAUUUUUGCAGGAGGAUCGUUACUGAUGGAUUGUUGGCUAUUGGAUACGACGCUUCAAUCUGCAAAUCUCGUUGGGAAAAAUCCCCUACCCAUCCCGCCGGUGAAUAUGAAUACAUAGACGUGAUCGUCUCAGGCGAGAGACUGCUAAUUGACAUUGAUUUCAGAUCAGAAUUUGAAAUUGCUCGAUCAACCAAGGCCUACAAAUCUCUCCUCCAAUCUCUACCCCACAUCUUUGUGGGCAAAGCCGAUCGCCUCCAGAAGAUCGUAUCUGUCGUAUCAAAUGCAGCGAGGCAGAGCCUCAAGAAGAAGGGCAUGCAUAUUCCACCGUGGAGAAAAGCCGAGUAUGUCAAAGCUAAGUGGCUUUCUCCUUAUACGCGAGCCAUACCGACUGUUUCCUCACACCAACCUGAACCCAGGCCUCAAAAGGAGCAAACUUUGGUUCCAAAAGGGAUGAACAAUUUUUCACCGGGGAGCGGCGAAGAGAAGGACUCCGUGGAGGAUACUGAGUUGGGCGAGCCUGUCUUUUCCUUGUCAUCUGAAAGUUCCGUGGAAGAAAAGAAGGAGACGGUUGUGAGAGAAUGGAAACCACCUGAGAUUAAGCCCAAGAGUUUUCAGAAGGGGGUCAAGAUCGUGACCGGUUUGGCUUCUGUUAUUGAAGACGAGCCAUGAAAUUUUGGUCUUUUGCUUUUCUUCUUUACAUCUUCUCUUCUUCUUCUUCUUCUUCUUCUUCUUCUUCUUCUUCUCCUCCUCUUCUAAAUUUUGGAGAUCGGAUAUCAUAUGUGAUAUAAACCAAUCAAAAUCCCCUUCUGCUUUUUGUGUAAGGGUCUGAUUUACUAAUAUCAAUAAAACUCUUGCUGUAACAAUAGUAUACAGAUAACGUAAUUUGUUCUUUUUUUU